UGGUUCGCAGAUCUUGCAUCGUCAUAACAUAAAUUUUAAUAUAUUGUGUGUAUUAAGUAACAUGUUUGUUACAGUGAUAUUUUUGUUUCUUUUGAGUGUAUAUUACACAUUAUAUUUUCGGCGAGGGCGUAAGCCUUUAUACGAGUUAUCUGAUAGUUUACCAAAUACGGGAUAUCUUCCUAUACUCGGACAUAUUCACUGGUUUAUGGGUGGACCUGAAAAGGUUUUAAAUAAUAUUCGGCAACUUUCACGUUUAAUUGAAAGUUCAGGUGGAAUAAGCAAAGUUUGGAUUGGAUCAGUUUUAUAUGUUGUACCAUUAAAGCCUGAGGAUAUUCAAAAGGUCUUAGAGAAUUGCCUUGAAAAGGACUCGUCCUAUCGAUUUCUAAAAGUAUGGCUAGGAAAUGGACUUUUUGUGGCGCCAGUGGAACAAUGGAAAGUACAUCGUAAAGUAUUGUUACCCAUAUUUAACAACCGAAUCAUCGAAGAUUACAUUGACGUGUUCGGUGAGCAGGCGUCGAUGUUGGUGGAACGCAUGGAGGAACAAUUAGGCAAAGGUGACUUCGAUGUGUUUAAAUACAUUACGUCAUGUAUGUUAGAUAUAGUGUUUGAAACAGCUAUGGGUGAAAAAAUGGACGUACAACACAAUCCUGAUACUCCCUAUUUACGCGCGCGUAACACUGUAAUAUCAAUUAUUGGAAUGCGUAUUUUUAAAGCUUGGAUGCAACCUGAUGCUCUUUUCAAUCUCACGCCGUAUUCCAAACUGCAACGAGAUAAUAUCUUUUUAACUCAUAAAUUCACAGACGAGAUCAUUAGGAAAAAGAAGGAGUUAUAUAAUAAAAAUGGGCAAAAAUCGAAAGAAGGUCGAAAAGAUCUUUUAGAGCUGUUACUGGACAGCGACAUAAAGUUUACAGACGAAGAACUACGAGAACACAUAGACUCCAUUACUAUAGCUGGUAACGAUACCACGGCGCUUGUCAUAUCUUACGCUCUAAUGUUGCUGGGAAACCAUCAGGAAGAACAAGAAAAGGCUUAUUUAGAAUUGAAAAACAUUUUUGGCGAUUCCAAAAGAACUCCAACUAAAAAUGAUUUAAAUGAAAUGAAAUAUCUUGAGAGAGUAAUCAAGGAGACAAUGAGAUUGUAUACCGUUGUGCCUAUCAUAGGUAGAGAAACGCAGAAGGAGAUAAAACUGUCUACAUGUACCGUACCAGCCGGUGUUGGUUGUGCUAUUUUACCAUUUGUAAUUCACCGAUCCAAGCAAAUUUGGGGACCAGAUGCAAACGAAUUCAAUCCUGACAGAUUUCUUCCAGAAGUCAGUGCUACCAGACAUCCUUGCGCCUACAUACCUUUUAGUUAUGGUACACGAAAUUGCAUAGGACGUCAUUUUGGAAUGUUAACAAUGAAAAGCAUACUAGCAAAUAUUUUAAGGAACUACAAAAUUAAAUCUCAUGAAUGCGACCGUUUAAAAAUCGAAAUAUUAUUGUUUCCUGUGUCAGGCCACUUUAUUUCAAUAGAAAAACGUCAAUAGUUAAGUUUAUUGUUUACAUAAAUAUUAAAAUAUUAACAAAAGUUUUUUUUUUUCACAUCAUGUUCACAGUAAAGAAUGAAUGUGAAUUAAGUUGCGAGGACUAUGUAUAACAAACUCUUUGCAGUUGGCGGCAUCAACAGCAACACUACUAUGAUGUAAUUACUAGUUAUAAAUAAUAAAUAAAUAAAUAAAUAAAUAAAU